AUGGCUCCCUCAGCUAUAAUCAUUGGUGCUGGGCCCUCUGGCAUUGCCAUGGCCCAUAAAAUGAAGUAUGAGCUUAGCUUCAACGACUUCAUAAUCUACGAGAAGAUGGAUGGAGUUGGAGGAACAUGGAGGGCAAAUAGCUAUCCUGGCUGCGGUUGUGAUGUGCACUCUCAUCUGUACUCAUUCAGUUUCAAUCUCAACCCCAAUUGGUCAAAGCAACUCGCCGAACAAGGAGAGAUUCUCCAGUACAUAGAGGACACAGUCGACAAAUUCCAGCUACGUCCCCAUAUCAACGUCUCAGUCGAAUGCCUAGGCGCGCAAUGGGACAAAGCAGAAGGCCAAUGGCAUGUGAGAUUGAAAGACCUCCAAACAGAUAUCACUUUUGUCCGACAAGCUACCAUAUUUAUCUCGGCUGUGGGAGGAAUUUCCAUGCCUAAAGAUGUCCACUUCAAUGGCAUGGAAGCAUUCCGUGGUCCAAUGUUCCACACUGCUCGAUGGAGGCAUGAUGUCAGCUAUGAAGGCAAGCGAGUGGCUGUCAUCGGAAGUGGAUGCAGCGCUGUACAGGUAGUCCCCGCCGUCGCAGAAAGAGCUGCCUCUGUUACCCAGUACGCGCGUAGCCCUCAAUGGUAUCAUGCCCGUCCCAACCAUCACUUCACCGGUUUCGAAAAGUUCUGUUUUCGUUAUCUUCCCGGUUUGAUGCGUCUGCAUCGCUGGAACAUCUUCUGGGAUAUUGAUAAGCAAUCCUACACCUACAGAGGAACAAAGGCGGGUGUGGAACAGCGAUUGAGAGAAGAAGAAAGAGCUCGUCGAUAUAUCUUUGAACAAGCUCCCGAGAAGUACCACGAUAUCCUGGUUCCUACGUUCGAACUUGGCUGUAAGAGAAAGAUUGCGGACCCAGGUUACCUCGCAACCUUACAUCGAGACAACGUGGAACUCAUCCCCGAAGGAAUCCAAAAGAUUACAGAGGAUGGCAUCAUCAGCUCAUCUGGACGCCAUGACCAGUAUGACAUUAUCGUCAUGGCGACAGGGUUCAAGGUUACCGAGUUUCUGACCCCAAUGGAGAUCGUUGGUGCAGACGGAAACACGCUUGACCAGCAAUGGAGAGAAAGCCGUGGCGCACAGGCUUACCUUGGCACGUUCGUGCACAACUUCCCCAAUAUGGCUAUCAUAUUCGGCCCCAACACUUUCCCUGCCAAUAAUUCGGCCCUUUACGCAUGCGAAGUCCAGGUCGGCUAUGCUGCCGAAGCUCUUGUCAAGCCUCUCAUCGAUGGUCAAGCUUCUGCCAUCGAGGUAAAGGAAGCAGUUGAGAACUACACCACCAACCAGAUACACCAGAAGUUGAAGAGUAGUGUAUUUGCUGGAGAUUGUAGCAACUGGUACAUCGGUGAUUUCGGACGAAAUGUGGCUUCCUGGCCUGGUCUAGCGAUUGAGUUCUGGAUUGCCACUCUGUUCCCUGACAAGAAUGCCUUUGUCAAGUCUGGAGGAUCUCGAUCCUGGCACUCUAAAUCGCUGGUGAGGAAUAUCCGCCAGUAUGGAGGAGUUGCUGCAUGUGUGGCUGCUGCAAGCACGCUCCCUAUGUAUUACUCAUGGAUAAAGCUUCAAUAG